AUGUCGGACACGACAGGUUUGAAGCGAGGUAGAAAGCCGACUUUGACUGAUUCGGGAAGAAAAAGACGACGGACGGAAAUAAAUGCAAAAAAUAAUAAGAACAGAAUUUACAUCGGUAACCAGUACGAUCACUGGAUGGAAGUAAAGUGUGCGCUUCGUCUUCAAUCUAACGCUGAAGUGGCAAAGAUACUGCUUGAUAAGUUUGAACAACCAACCAGCCCUGCAUCUACUCAUGAAAUUUCUGGGAAGACUUCCAACAACUUGAUAACAUCAACCCCUGGGCCAAUUAAAUCUACAAUAAUGAUUAAGCCUCUCCAUUUAUCUGGUGUGUCUGAAAUAUCGUCAUCAGAAAGCGAACUUGGAAGAAACUCUGUGGAUGAGACCCAUAUGUCUGGGAUAGAGGAAAUAUGUAAAAAAGGAGAGUCUUUGGUGGAAAAUACACAAAGCAGCUUUAUAAAUCCAUUUGACCUUACCAUUUCUGAGGGUAAUCAUGAAUCAGAAGAUGACGAUAAUUAUUCUUAUGCAGACUUUUUUGUUUUGAUUUGA